CAUCGCUGCAGCCGCGCGGCGGCGUCGCGCCCAAACCACCGCCGCGAGACGAGAUUUUGCGCGCCCGCAUCGCACUCGCAGCAGCAGCGCCUCCUUCCUUAUCUCUCUCUCUCCCCCCUUCCUGCAUCCAUGGCGGCGAUGGCGGCGGCCUCCCUCCUGUGCGCGAGGGCGGCGGCGGCGGCGCCCACGCUGCGCCUACGCGGCGGAGGCAGGGGAGCACGCCUCGUCUUCUCCUGCUCCGCCUCCUCGUCGUCGCCGUCCGGGGAAGGAGGGUUCAGUGGGAAGGUGGGGUUCCUCGGCCUCGGGAUCAUGGGCGCACCCAUGGCCUCCAACCUCAUCAACGCCGGGUGCGAUGUCACGGUGUGGAACAGGACCAGGAGCAAGUGCGACCCGCUCCUCAGCCUCGGCGCCAAGUACGAGCCUUCACCGGCCGAUGUUGCUUCGUCUUGCGAUGUGACCUUCGCGAUGCUUGCUGAUCCGGAGAGCGCGGUUGAGGUUGCAUGCGGGGCCAAUGGAGCUGCACAGGGGAUGGCCCCAGGGAAAGGGUAUGUGGAUGUGUCGACGGUUGACGCUGCUACAUCCAAGCUGAUUGGCAAGCACAUUACAAGUACUGGGGCAUCUUUCCUUGAGGCUCCAGUUUCAGGCUCAAAAAAGCCAGCAGAAGAUGGGCUGCUCAUCUUUCUUACCGCAGGUGAUGAGUCCUUGUACAAUAGAGUGGCAUCCCUCCUUGAUGUUAUGGGCAAGUCAAGAUUUUUCCUCGGUGACGUUGGCAAAGGUGCAGACAUGAAGCUCGUUGUUAAUAUGGUCAUGGGGAGCAUGAUGGUUUCGUUUUCAGAAGGACUGCUCCUGAGCGAAAAAGUUGGCCUAGACCCCAAUACUCUUGUCGAGGUUAUUUCACAAGGUGCUAUCAGUGCUCCCAUGUUCUCCCUCAAGGGCCCUUCCAUGGUUAAAGCUGCAUACCCUACUGCUUUUCCUCUGAAGCAUCAGCAGAAGGAUUUGAGGCUCGCAUUGGCCCUGGCAGAAUCGGUGUCCCAGUCUAUUCCUACAGUCGCAGCUGCAAACGAGCUGUACAAGGUCGCGAAAUCGCUUGGGCUUGCAGACCAGGACUUCUCUGCUGUAAUCGAGGCGCUGAAGGCAAAGGAGCAGAGCAAGUGAAAACUGCCAUUGAUGCAUAGGAAACAAAAUGUUUGUUCAGCUGCCAUUGAUGCAGCAUUGUCUAUCAAUGAACUGAAACCAUGGCAAUUCUCCCAAUUUUGUUACAGAAGUAAUACUUGUUUUUCAGGAAUAAAAAACUGAUUGAUGACAGAA